UUCUUUUUAUUUUAGGUAUUAAGUAAAAAAUUAAUUCAAUAAAUAUUUAAUAAAAGUUAAAAUGUUACAACCAUCUGGUUUUUUAGACUUCCUUAAAUCAUCAAAGCUGAACAUUUCCAAAGAUGCGAAUUUACACUUUGUGGUAGGCAAUGAAUCUGCUGACCUGGAUUCUAUUGUAUGUUCUUUGGUUUAUGCAUACUACAUGUCAUCCGAUCCAAAUGAGGAAAGUUUUGUGGCAUUGUUACCUAUGUAUCGUGAAGAUUUUGAAUUAUGUUUUGAAGCUUCAGCUUUGUGCAAGAAAUUUGAUAUAACUACUGAAAAUAUGGUAUUCAUUGAUGAUAUUUGCAUUAAUAGUUUGAAUAUUUUUAAACUUACUUUGGUUGAUCAUAACUACGAAACAUUGUUGCAGAAUAUAGAAAAUAAAGUUGUUGAUAUAAUAGACCAUCACCAUGAUGCAUUGCAUCAUAUAAAUGCCAAACGAAAUAUAAAGAUGGUAGGGUCUUGUUGUACCUUAAUUGCUGAAAUAAUUUAUUAUAAUAAACGAGAAUUUUUUGAGAGUAAACCAGUUUCAGAAUUUUUGUUGGCUGGAAUACUAAAUGAUACUGUAAAUCUUGAUCUUCAUAAUGGGCGGACAACUGAGCUUGAUGUAUUCAUGUCAGAGGUGUUACUAGGUUACACAGAGCUUGAUAAAGACGAUUACUUUUUAUUGCUUAAAACUGCCCAAAGUGAAAUGUUUAAAAUGUCUACUAGAGGUAUUCUCCGUAAAGAUUACAAGUUAGUUAGUAAUGCAGAGCCACAAAUUGGGAUAUCUUCUAUAAUGCUACAGUCAGAAACUUUUAUUUCUCGUACUGAUUUUUAUGCUUCCUGUAUUGAUUUUAUGACGAUAAAAAGCCUCGAUGUAAUCAUCAUCAUGUUUUUGCAUUGUGAAAAUAAUGUUGCAAUCAAUCGCGACAUAUUAGUAUUUAGCCUAAAUGGAGAUCAUCUUAAUAAAGUUACUUCGUAUUUGCAAACUCAAACGAAUCUUGAGCUUGUUUAUAAAGAACUUCCUGCUAAUCUCAAACAAAAUGCUUCGUAUUUUUCUCACAACAUAAACUGUUCUAGAAAAAUAGUGCUUCCAUUAUUGUAUGACAUUUUCAAAAAAUGAAUUUUAUUAAUUGAAUAAUAUAUGAAAUGUUAA